AUGGAAGAGGAGGGGACGGACGGGACAGCUCCCCGUCAGUGUCGACAGCGAUCCCGGCAGGAUCGGUGCAAGCGCCAUCUUCCUGUUAUUUAUAGCGGGAGCAGCGAGCCGGGAGCCCGGCUGCGGCAACAGCGGGGCAGGCGCAGGGUUUCUCAAAAAUACACUAAAUUUAUUACUGAGAGUUUACUGUGUGUUUUCCAGCUGAAAGCAUUUGUAGGUGGUGAAUUGCACAUUCUUGAUAUGAGAGAUGACAAGGAUUACCCAAUCCCUGGGGACCUUAUCGAGAUCGACCGGCCACUUUACCAGCACUGGGCCCUCUACGUGGGGAAUGGAUAUGUCAUCCAUGUGACACCUGUAGGUGAAAAUUCUCCACCCAUGUCAGCCGGUAGUGUGACAUUACUUAUGAAAAAGGCCAAGGUGAAGAAAGAGCUCCUGGAGAAGGCUGCUGAAAAUGAUAACUGGCGUGUCAACAACAAGUAUGAUCACUACCGCAAUCCUUUCCCAGUGGAGGAGAUCAUCCGACGUGCUGAGCGCCAGAUUGGCAGGAUCGUGCUCUAUCGUUUGUUCUACAAGAACUGUGAGCACUUUGUGACAGAGCUCCGCUAUGGAGAGGCAGUCUCUGAGCAGGCCGUGACAGCACUUCAAAAGAUCCGUUCCGUUCUUGCUCCAGUGAUGGCUGGGGUAGGAACUGCUGGUCUUUCUGUUGUGGCUGGUCUUACUUUUCCGGCUGCCCUUCCUUUUGUGGCUGCUAAUGGUCUUGCUCUUUUUUCCACUAUCUCUGCAAGAUAUAUAUCUGAUACCUUCCUUUUUGACAAAUUCAUGAAGGCAAAGGCAUAUAUACUAGAACAGAGGUGCUGUUAGAAAGAACUCAAGGAAGGCUUGGAGUCCUUGGUCACUCUCCAGCUUUUGCCAC